CACCACGGGAAGGGAGCAGCCAUGUGCGACAGCCCCAGGCCUGACUUCCCGAGCUCUUCGGUGGACAGGUCAUCUGGACUGAGAGGAGGGGCAGGACCCAGCCACAGGACACCGCAACACAAGCACUCUGAGCAGUCCCCACAAACGGCAUCACAGGAGAGCUGAGCACAGCCAAGGGGGUUCACAUGGACAAACUGCUAACAAAGCACACCUGGAAUGGUUUCUGGCUGAACCCCUGGGACCAGGGGGGCCUGGUAGUGAUCAUCUUAUUUAUUACCAUGGUCCUGUUCCUCAUCUCUUUCGCUGUUAUAUUUGGUUUACUAUGUCCGCCUGACAGGGACAACCAUUGUGAAGGGUUGUGACCUGACUUCCUGUGGGCCAAGAAGGGGGUCAAUGUUAUACAUUCUCAAAACGCCUCGUACCUUUUCUUCAAAGCCCUUUUAAGUCUGGAAUUAUACAUUUUUAUGUGAUUAUCUGAUAAGUGCCUGUCUUCCCCACUGGACCAAGCACCAAAAAGGAGGGGAUGGUCUUUCUGUUCACCAUGCACCCCCAUAUCUGAUGGGCCUCACACAGAGUCAGUAUCAAUCACUAUUUGCUGGUUGAAUAAAUGAAUGAAUGAACAAAUGAGCAAA